AUGUCGAAAACCGAAUGGCUUCGACAGGAACAAUCCGGAGAUCGUUCAAUCCAGAUAGGGGAGGGUCAGGGAGCCGCGACGACGCUCACGAAUCGACGCCGUCGGAAUAGGGGAAAGCAGACCGAUGAGAAUAUCUCACACAUGGCCAUAGACGCCAGAUCGAAGCUAAAUACGGCUUCUCCAGAGGCAUCGCUAGCGAAAAGGACAAACGGUACAGCCUCGACUGCUUCGGAAACCCCAGAGCGCCACUUAGAAAGUGCGACUGCUCCGUCCGAAGAGGACACUAUCGAAAUCUUGAGGAAGAGAGAUAACGAUACUCCUCUGACGAUGUCGAAAAGCUACAAUGAGGUAGCCAACCAGCAGGCUCGAGAGGAGAACGAAUCACAGAAAAACGAUAUGACUCCAUCGAGGCCGAUGCAUGCGAAAGACCCUGUCGAAACAGAGACACAUACGCAGGGCAUAGAAGGCGCAAAUGUCGAGUACCCUCAAGGAAGCUCACAUUUCCAGGCGCAAACAUCAUCCCACACCGACGCACCCGCGUCUACAUCUUUAGACACCGAAGCUACGGCAGAGACCACGCCAAUACACCCAGAACACAAUACAUCUGGUGAAGUACUAGGCGAAGAAAUGGAUUGGGAAUCGGAUGGAAAUACCGUCUCGACAGUGAUGCAGACACAAGAACAGCCACCACAACAUAUUCGAUAUGUUGAGGGAAGAUUCCUACGACCGAAUCCACGUCGAAAACUGAUUAAGGAUCUGUGA